AUGCUCUCCCACUACUCCGCAUCCAAGUUCGCCGUCCGCGGCUUCACCCAAGCCUUCGCCAUGGAGAUGGCCGAGCACAAAAUCACUGUCAAUGGCUACGCGCCAGGUAUCGUCGGCACAGCCAUGUGGGAUCUGAUUGAUGAGGAGCUGGGCAAGAAAUCAGGUGUCAAGAAGGGUGAUACGAUUAAGAAGUAUUCGGAGGAUUUGAUUGCUCUGGGGAGAACGAGCGUACCCGAGGAUGUGGCGAAGACGGUCAGUUACUUGGCGAGUCCGGAUAGUGAUUAUAUGACGGGGCAGACGCUGGUUAUUGAUGGGGGGAUUAUUUUUACUUGA